UCGAGUCAGUUCAACAACAUGAGCCGCCAGCUGAAGUUCCAACUCCAAGCUCCCGAAGACGAGGAGCUAUCAACGGACAUGGUGGAGAUUAACCUGAACCCCAACUGCGGCCAGGUCAAGCAGAAGUCGGCCCAGGCCCUGGACGAGCUGCUCCUGGCCACGCCCCCGCACAGAGGCUAUCCCUACGGCUAUGCCGAGGACUCCGAGCCGGAGACCUACUUCUGCCGGAAGAGCAACUCCACGGGCCAGCUGGCCGAGAAGGUAUCUCCUCCGCCGCCGGCGGCCACCAACAUCAGUUGCCUCCGCCAAAUGUACUGUCCGGAGUGCCACGAGCGAUUGCACGAGCAGGGGGUCCGGCUGGAGCGGCUCCUAACCAUGUGCUGCUUUGCCCUGCUGCCCAUCUAUCCCUGCUGCCCGAGGCGCUCCACCAACGAUUGCAAGGUCAUCUGUGGCAAGUGUGGAUACCUCUUGGGGGCAUGGAAGAGACAGUGAGGGGAGGGAGAGGGGAAGGGGGUGUGGGUUGGGGCAACUGGAGUGGGUGCUCCGCUUAUAAUUACUUGUUUUGUUUAGUUUUAAGCACCUUUUGCUGACCUUGCGGCGAGUGAUGAGCGCCGAGACUGAAGAGCCGAGUGCCAAAAAAUGAAAUUGUUGAUUACUGCACGAUUCUCUCAGUGGUUUCUCUUCAAUUAGAUCUCUUUGGUCAGGUAGAUCUCUUUUUCGAAUUUCACUGCCUUGGGAUUCGCGAAAAUGUUUAGCAUUUGAGGCUGGCCAGUCGCAAUGUCUCGGGGGAACGACUUGGAUGCGGAUCUGGAGGUGGAUCUCCAGGAGGGGGACAGGGAUAACCAGUCGGCGGCCACCACUGUCACGCUGGAGGAGCGUCCUGGCAAGCCCCAGGUGCGAUUCUUCAGCAUCGGACCCAGCAGCUACCAGGUGCGGUGUCCAUUGUGCCAGCAGAAUUCCAAAACAGAAACCGUGGAGAUGACAGGAGCACUGGGCCAGCUCAGCUGCCUCCUGUCCGCCUUGUCCUGCUGCUUUCCCAUCUUCGCCCUGACGUUCGUCUACUCCUGUCUGCAAAGUCGCCUGAAGUCAAAGCGUGUGUUCUGCAACCGAUGCGGUGGUCACUUGGGCUUCCACUGGCGUCCCACUUAGUUAGCGCUCUGAAGUCCACGCAAAUGAUCUAUAAAUAAAGCGGCAGCUGUUGUCAAAUUUUUUAAUAA